GACCUCAACCAGAGCGGUUUAGCGCUUGUUGCCUCAGCCCCCAGCUGCGAUCCUACUGGAGCCGGUCACCAUUCACACAACGUGCUGCCCUGCGCCCGCAACCAUGUGCCGCACACUGACUGCCUUCCCCACCACCUGCCUGGAGAGAGCCAAAGAGUUCAAAACACGUCUGGGGAUCUUUCUUCACAAAUCAGAGCUGGGCUCUGAUGCUGGCAAUGUUGGCAAGUUUGAGCGGGGCAGUAAACACAGCAAAGAAGGAUGUGUCUCAGAAGAUGUGCUGAAGUGGAGAGAGUCCUUCGACUCACUGCUGAGCAGUAAAAAGGGAGUGGCUGCCUUCCACGGCUUCCUGAAGACGGAAUUUAGUGAGGAGAAUCUAGAGUUCUGGUUGGCCUGUGAGGAGUUCAAGAAGAUCCGAUCACCUGCCAAACUGGCCUCCAGGGCUCACCGCAUCUUUGAUGAGUUCAUUUGCAGUGAAGCCCCUAAAGAGGUGAACAUAGACCAUGAGACUCGGGAGCUGACAAGGACGAAUCUGCAGGCGGUCACAGCCAUGUGCUUUGAUGCAGCACAGGGGAAGACGCGCACCCUCAUGGAGAAGGACUCCUAUCAACGCUUCCUGAAGUCACCUGCCUACCGGGACCUGGCUGCACAAGCCACUGCCACCUCCACCUCUUCAUCCAGCUGCAGCCCGGCUGAGCCUUCACACACAUGAGCCUCCAGGGCAGUGAGGAAAUCAGUGGGAAGAGAGGUGGAGUCACCUAUCCCUGAGGCGGCUGCCCCUGUAGGGGAGAAAGGCUCUGCUCAGCAAGUACAAGAGGACAGUGGAAGGGGAGUGGUCCAGCAGCCUGUGGGGAGGAAUACUUGUUCCUCCAGAUACUGUGGGUUGGGUGCCAUGUGUGAGAAUGCCCCCUACAUUCAGGAGCUGUGGCUAAGGGCUCUCUGGGGAAAAACAGGAGGGUGUAGCAAUUAGCUCUGGCUCUCAUCCUUCCCAUUGGAGCAAGGACAGAUUCCAGGGUGCCUAAGGAAAUUUGAAAAGGAGAGUUGCCUAUGGAUUGGUUGAGUUUGAUCACAUCUUGCUUUCCAAAUUUCCUUAAUUGGCCCAGAAGGAGCCCAGGGUGUGGAAUCUUCCUGUUUGGCCCCGCUCACCUGUCCCUGUCCCUGUCCCAGGUCACCCCAGGGCACCUUGGCUUCUGCUUCUUAAUGCUACCCUGUGUCCCUUCUUACAGUCUUUUCAAGGUCAGCUAGUCCUUGUGACUCUUGCCCAGAAUGACAUUUAUAUACCUCAAAGACUGGCCAUGAACCCUGAAAAGGGACCAACUUGCACAAGUGAAUGCAGCCUGGUGCUCUCGGUGGCCUCAUGCAUAUGGCCGCAGCCCCACGUGUGCAGCAGUUCCACCCGUGAGUGGACCCUUGGAGGGCCUCUCUGAGAUCUCUGAGCCCUUGGAGAUGAGGCCCAGGAGGAGGAAGGUGGAGGCCUCAGGGGCAGUGGGGAAUGAGGGAGAAAGGGAUCAUAAGAAAAUCUUUUGGCAGUGCCUGACAGUCCUACAGAAAACAAGCCAGUAUUUUCUUCACGCAUGAGAAGGGAUAAAGAGAUGCCCUAGGAUGGAAGGAAGGGGGGCCUUGAGUUUCUUUCCUGUGAGCGUGAAAUGUACACUGGAGUGUUGGGAGGCAUGGAUCAGGGAGCAUGAUGGCCCAGGAGCAGAAGGUAAGGCUGGACUAAAGCUGGGGAGCAGGGCUGCUUGGAAGGAGGAGGCUGGGAAAGUCAGAAGUGGCUGCCACCUCAGGCCUCACCCAACUUCUGCUUCAGAGCUGCUUCAGCCUCUGCUUCAGAGCCACGGGAGAGAUGAAUCCACCUGGACAUCCCCCUCUUGCCCCAGGAUAGCCAACACUGCCCUCUGUGCACUUGAACUCCUCUAGGAGAAAAUUAUUUAAUUAUAAUGUGUUUGCAGUAUGCUGAUUUUUUGUUACUGUUGUUGUUGUUAUUUAUUAUCAUGCUUCAGUUUCUCCACUGGGGAAUCUCAGCAGGACUUGCCUCCUGACUGUCCCUUCCCUCCACCAGACUCUACCUCUGAAUGUGUAGGGAGCCACUCGGGGCCUGUCAGGAACACAUCACUGUUUAAAUAUUUAUUUAUUGUUGACCAAGGGAACUGGAUUCCUUAAUGCGAGUGAUGUAUGCAAUCUCGGUCAGCAUGUUAUAUUCUUAUAAAA